AUGAGUGAAAUCAAUACAGAUGAUAAAGUGAUAAGAGUGUUUGUCGUGAGACAUGGUCAAACAAACCACAACGUUGCCAAAAUUUUACAAGGACAUUUAGAUACUGAAUUGAAUGAACAAGGUUUAGCUCAGGCUGAAUUAGCUGGUGAGAAAUUCAAAGAUUAUCCAAUUGAUGCUAUUUAUUCAAGUGAUUUGAAAAGAUGUAAGGGUACUGCAUCCACCAUUCAAAAACAUUUAUCCUCACCUGUUGAUGUAACAUUUAGUUCAAAUUUAAGGGAGCGUAAUAUGGGUGUUAUCGAGGGAAUGAAAAUGCAAGAUGCGAUAGAGUAUGCUAAAAAAGAUGGGAAGUCUUCUUAUAAAGAGUAUGGUGAAAGUUCACAUGCAUUAGUUUCAAGAAUUCAAAAACAAGUCAAUAAGAUUUUGGAAGAGAAUAAACAUCAUAAAAACAUUUUAUUAUGUUCACAUGGUGGUACUAUUAGAACAUUGUUGAAAAUAUUGAAGUAUAAUGAAGAUAUUAUCGUUUAUAAUACUUCAGUAACUAUCAUAGAUUUCAAUAAAGAGGAUUUCAAUGAUUUCAAGAUUAUAAAGAUUGGUGAUACAAAGCAUUUAGGUGAAGGGGAGUUCAAAGUUUCUGAUACAAGAGUUAGAUAG